GUGUGCUGCCCUCAAGCCCAGGGCGCAAUGGGGCCCGCCAGAUGUGCGCCUCCCCCUUGAGCCGCCAGCUGCUCUGGGGCUGGGCCCUGUCCUCCCACCCCUCUCCUGGGGGAUGCUAGGCCACAGCAGGCAGACGGAAGGGAGGCUGGAGAGCCAGGACUGAUGAGGAAACCGCCGCCCUGCUCCAUCUGGCCCAGUUCCUUUAGCUGAGGAGGCAGCUCAGACGCCUUAGCCUUGAGACCUGAGUAGAGCAGGCCCUGUCCCAUGAAGGGCUGCCUCGGAAACGUGGAGGUGGCCAGAGGACAGGUUCCUGCUGGGCUCCACUCCCUUGAGGGUCAUGCCUACUCCUCAGUGCCAGCCUGCCCCAGCCAGAGGCCCCUGGGUUCUCACUGAGGCAACAGCCCACCCCGGCUCUCUGGGUUCUCACUGAGGCCUCCACCCAGGCCCUACUCUGCAGGCCUUGUGAGGCCUCGGCCCCCCCCAAUCUGGGAGCGAGGCCAGAGCACCACAGUGAGGCCUGAGUAGAGACAAGAAUGGGGUCUGAGACGAUAAUGAUUGUGGUUCGGGGGUUGAGGAGGAAGUGUGUGCCAGGGUAUGCACAAGCAUGUCCUCUCACUGUGGCAGGGGACGGUUUGUCCUCUGGCCCUGUGCUGCUCGCCCUGUAGGAGGGGAGAAGAUCCCUGAAAUAAGUGUUCUGCACUCAUUAGCAAACUCUGGGUUACACAAAGGCAACCAGGUUCCUUUGCCUGCAGGACAUGUCAGAGCCUUGAAAUAACUGAUGUGUAUUAGGAAUCCCCAGAUGAGGAUUCAGGGGCCACCUUCCGGAGUGUAUAAUCUGUACCAUUAAGCACUCUUCCCCUCGGACAGAGAAGGAAGAUUAGGAUGUGGAGGUAGUUUUUUGUUUUUUGUUUUUUGUUUUUGACAGGGCUUCACUGUCACCCAAGCUGGAAUGCAGUGGCAUGAUUAUAACUCAUUGCAUCCUCAACCUCCUGGGCUCAAGCAGUCAUCCCAUCUCAGUCUCCUGAGUAGCUGGGACUACAGAGUGAAGACAUUUCCACCUGGACACCUGACCAUGUGCCUGCCCUGAGCAGUGAGGCCCACCAGGCAUCUCUGUUGUGGGCAGCAGGGCCAGGUCCUGGUCUGUGGACCCUUGGCAGUUGGCAGGCUCCCUCUUCAGCAGGGUCUGGGCCUCGGCCCCACCAUGUCGAGCCUCGGCGGUGGCUCCCAGGACACCGGCGGCAAUAGCAGCAGCAACACCAAUGCCAGCGGUGGCAGUGGCAGCAGUGGCCCAAAGGCAGGAGCAGCAGACAAGAGUGCAGCAGUGGCUGCCGCUGCACCAGCCUCCGUGGCAGAUGAUGCACCACCCCCCGAGCGUCGAAACAAGAGCGGUAUCAUCAGCGAGCCCCUCAACAAGAGCCUGCGCCGCUCCCGCCCGCUCUCCCACUACUCUUCUUUUGGCAGCAGUGGUGGCAGUGGCAGUGGCAGUGGCAGCAUGAUGGGCGGGGAGUCUGCUGACAAGGCCACUGCAGCUGCAGCCGCUGCUUCCCUGUUGGCCAAUGGGCAUGACCUGGCAGCGGCCAUGGCAGUGGACAAAAGCAACCCUACCUCAAAGCACAAAAGUGGUGCUGUGGCCAGCCUGCUGAGCAAGGCAGAGCGGGCCACGGAGCUGGCAGCCGAGGGACAGCUGACGCUGCAGCAGUUUGCGCAGUCCACGGAGAUGCUGAAGCGCGUGGUGCAGGAGCACCUCCCGCUGAUGAGCGAGGCGGGUGCUGGCCUGCCUGACAUGGAGGCUGUGGCAGGUGCCGAAGCCCUCAAUGGCCAGUCCGACUUCCCCUACCUGGGCGCUUUCCCCAUCAACCCAGGCCUCUUCAUUAUGACCCCGGCAGGUGUGUUCCUGGCCGAGAGCGCGCUGCACAUGGCGGGCCUGGCCGAGUACCCCAUGCAGGGAGAGCUGGCUUCUGCCAUCAGCUCCGGCAAGAAGAAGCGGAAACGCUGCGGCAUGUGCGCGCCCUGCCGGCGGCGCAUCAACUGCGAGCAGUGCAGCAGUUGUAGGAACCGAAAGACUGGCCAUCAGAUUUGCAAAUUCAGAAAAUGUGAGGAACUCAAAAAGAAGCCUUCCGCUGCUCUGGAGAAGGUGAUGCUUCCGACAGGAGCCGCCUUCCGGUGGUUUCAGUGACGGCGGCGGAACCCAAAGCUGCCCUCUCCGUGCAAUGUCACUGCUCGUGUGGUCUCCAGCAAGGGAUUCGGGCGAAGACAAACGGAUGCACCCGUCUUUAGAACCAAAAAUAUUCUCUCACAGAUUUCAUUCCUGUUUUUAUAUAUAUAUUUUUUGUUGUCGUUUUAACAUCUCCACGUCCCUAGUAUAAAAAGAAAAAGAAAAGAAAAAAAAUUUUAACUGCUUUUUCGGAAGAACAACAACAAAAAAGAGGUAAAGACGAAUCUAUAAAGUACCGAGACUUCCUGGGCAAAGAAUGGACAAUCAGUUUCCUUCCUGUGUCGAUGUCGAUGUUGUCUGUGCAGGAGAUGCAGUUUUUGUGUAGAGAAUGUAAAUUUUCUGUAACCUUUUGAAAUCUAGUUACUAAUAAGCACUACUGUAAUUUAGCACAGUUUAACUCCACCCUCAUUUAAACUUCCUUUGAUUCUUUCCGACCAUGAAAUAGUGCAUAGUUUGCCUGGAGAAUCCACUCACGUUCAUAAAGAGAAUGUUGAUGGCGCCGUGUAGAAGCCCCUCUGUAUCCAUCCACGCGUGCAGAGCUGCCAGCAGGGAGCUCACAGAAGGGGAGGGAGCACCAGGCCGGCUGAGCUGCACCCACAGUCCCCAGACUGGGAUCCCCUACCCCAACAGUGAUGAUUUUGAAAAAAAAAAAUGAAAGUUCUGUUCGUUUAUCCUUUGCGAUCUGGGGAGCCCCGUCUCGAUAUUUCCAAUCCUGGCUACUUUUCUUAGAGAAAAUAAGUCCUUUUUUUCUGGCCUCUCUAAUGGCAACAGAAGAAAGGGCUUCUUUGCGUGGUCCCCUGCCGGUGGGGGUGGGUGCCCAGGGGGCCCCCUGCGGCCUGGGCCCCCCUGCCCACGGCCAGCUUCCUGCUGAUGAACAUGCUGUUUGUAUUGUUUUAGGAAACCAGGCUGUUUUGUGAAUAAAACGAAUGCAUGUUUGUGUCACGAA